CGACGAUGAAGAUGGCUGCUGCGUUCAUCGUCUCUGCGCUUCUCAUCUGCAGUUCCUUCACCUCCUGCACAGAAACACCAGAUGCUGAUUGUGAACAGUUUGCUCCAGCAGGGGGCAACGUCACGGUGCUCCUUCCAGUCAAACUGGACGCCACGGACAGAUUAAUGUGGAAACGUAACGGUGAAAACAUAUUCAGAAGACAUGGAGAGUUGAUGAUCUUAGGGAAGGUUGAGGACGUCUCUGAGGACGGAUCUCUGAGGCUGAGGCAGGUGACAAAGGAAAUGGAGGGGACUUACGAGGCCGAGGUCUACACUCAAGACGGGAAAUCACGCGGGACGUUCCAAAACGUUCUGUGUGUGCAAGAUGCUGAUUGUGAACAGUUUGUUCUAGCAGGGGGCGACUUCACGUUGCACCUUCCAGUCAAACUGGACGCCACGGACAGAUUAAUGUGGAAACGUAACGGUGAAAACAUACUUAGAAGCCAUGGAGAGUUGAUGAUCUUAGGGAAGGUUGAGGACGUCUCUGAGGACGGAUCUCUGAGGCUGAGGCAGGUGACAAAGGAAAUGGAGGGGACUUACGAGGCCGAGGUCUACACUCGAGACGGGAAAUCACGCGGGACGUUCCAAAACGUCCUGUGUGUGCAAGAUGCUGAUUGUGAACAGUUUGCUCCAGCAGGGGGCGACUUCACGGUGCACCUUCCAGUCAAACUGGACGCCACGGACAGAUUAAUGUGGAAACGUAACGGUGAAAACAUAUUCAGAAGACAUGGAGAGUUGAUGAUCUUAGGGAAGGUUGAGGAUGUCUUUGAGGACGGAUCUCUGAGGCUGAGGCAGGUGACAAAGAAAAUGGAGGGGACUUACGAGGCCGAGGUCUACACUCGAGACGGGAUAUCACGCGGGACGUUCCAAAACGUCCUGUGUGUGCAAGAUGCUGAUUGUGAACAGUUUGCUCCAGCAGGGGGCGACUUCACGUUGCACCUUCCAGCCAAACUGGACGCCACGGACAGAUUAAUGUGGAAACGUAACGGUGAAAACAUAUUUAGAAGACAUAGACAGUUGAUAAUCUUAGGGAAGGUUGAGGACGUCUUUGAGGACGGAUCUCUGAGGCUGAGGCAGGUGACAAAGAAAAUGGAGGGGACUUACGAGGCCGAGGUCUACACUCAAGACGGGAAAUCACGCGGGACGUUCCAAAACGUCCUGUGUGUGCAAGAUGCUGAUUGUGAACAGUUUGCUCCAGCAGGGGGCGACUUCACGGUGCUCCUUCCAGUCAAACUGGACGCCACGGACAGAUUAAUGUGGAAACGUAACGGUGAAAACAUAUUCAGAAGACAUGGAGAGUUGAUGAUCUUAGGGAAGGUUGAGGACGUCUCUGAGGACGGAUCUCUGAGGCUGAGGCAGGUGACAAAGAAAAGGAGGGGACUUACGAGGCCGAGGUCUACUCAAGACGGGAUAUCACGCGGGACGUUCCAAAACGUCCUGUGUGUGCAAG